AUGCAGAAUGAGCUAACCCAUUCCUCGUGUGCCAAGAAACGGAGGAGAGACGGGGCAUUGCUCCCUUUGGUAAGGACUCGGAGAGCAGCCAAUCGCCACCCGCUCUUCCCUCAGUAUAAUUACCAGGUCCAAGUGGCCGAAAACCAGCCUCCCGGGACCCCUGUGAUCACGAUGGCAGCCCAAGACCCCGAUUCAGGUGAAGGUGGGCGCCUGCUCUAUUCCAUGGAUGCCCUGAUGAACAGCAGGUCCCUGGAGUUGUUUAGUAUUGAUUCGCAAAAUGGCCUCAUCACCACCACUGAAGUUUUGGACAGAGAAAAUAUGGACCUGCACUACUUUCGAGUGACCGCGGUGGAUCACGGGGUUCCCCGUCUUUCUGCCACCACCAUGGUUGCCAUUACAGUGGCAGACAGGAAUGACCACAAUCCAGUAUUUGAGCAGAGUGAGUACAGAGAGACUAUCCGAGAAAAUGUUGAAGAGGGCUACCCUAUCUUACAGCUGAGGGCCACAGAUGUGGACUCCCCACCCAAUGCCAACAUCAGAUAUCGUUUUGUAAAUGAGCAAGCAGCUCACUCUGUCUUUGAAAUAGACUCCCGGUCAGGGCUGAUCACCACCAGUGGGCAAGUGGACAGGGAGAAAAUGGAGAAAUAUUCUUUAGUGGUGGAGGCAAAUGAUCAAGGUAAGGAGCCUGGCCCUCGAUCGGCCACAGUUAGAGUCUAUAUCACAGUCCUUGACGAGAAUGACAAUGUCCCACAGUUCAGUGAGAAGCGGUACAUAGUCCAGGUAAGAGAGGAUAUCAGACCCCACUCGGAAAUUUUGAGAGUUACUGCCACUGACUUGGACAAAGACAAUAAUGCUUUAGUUCAUUAUAACAUCAUCAGUGGGAACAGCAGGGGCCAGUUUUCCAUUGACAGUGUGACUGGGGAAAUACAGGUAGUGGCACCUUUGGAUUUUGAGGUUGAGCGGGAAUAUGCACUGAGGAUACGUGCCCAGGAUGCAGGGCGGCCUCCUCUGUCCAACAACACAGGCAUGAUCAGCAUCCAAGUAGUGGACAUCAACGAUCAUGCUCCCAUCUUUGUCAGCACCCCUUUUCAAAUAUCAGUGUUAGAAAAUGCCCCUUUUGGCCACUCGGUGAUCCACAUCCAGGCUGUGGAUGCAGAUUAUGGAGAGAACUCUCGCCUGGAGUACAAACUCACUGGGGUCUCAUCUGACACCCCCUUUGUGGUGAACAGUGCCACUGGGUGGAUUACUGUGAGCGGCCCCUUGGAUCGAGAAACGGUGGAGCACUACUUCUUUGGAGUAGAGGCCCGGGAUCACGGCUCCCCAGCAUUGUCUGCCUCUGCUAGUGUCACCAUCACGGUAAUGGAUGUAAAUGACAAUCGGCCUGAAUUUACCCAGAAAGAAUAUUUUAUCCGUCUCAACGAAGAUGCUUCCGUGGGGACCAGUGUUCUGAGUGUCACGGCAAUUGACCGGGAUGUGAACAGUGCCAUCAGCUAUCAGGUAACAGGUGGGAACACCCGGAACCGUUUUGCCAUCAGUACCCAGGCAGGAGUGGGACUAAUCACCCUCUCUUUGCCCCUGGAUUACAAGCAGGAGAGGCGCUUUGUGCUGACAGUGACAGCCUCUGACCGGACUUUGCAUGACACUUGUCACGUCCAUAUCAACAUCACUGAUGCCAACACCCAUAGGCCAGUGUUCCAGAGCGCCCAUUACUCAGUAAGUGUUAACGAGGACCGCCCUGUCGGCAGCACUGUGGUGGUGAUCAGUGCCACUGAUGAUGAUGUAGGGGAAAAUGCCAGGAUUACCUACUACUUGGAGGACAACAUUCCUCAGUUUCGCAUUGACGCAGACACUGGUGCCAUCACGUUGCAAGCACAGUUGGAUUACGAGGACCAAGUGACCUACACCCUGGCCAUUACAGCCAAAGAUAACGGCAUCCCUCAGAAAGCAGACACCACCUACGUAGAAAUCAUGGUGAACGAUGUCAAUGACAAUGCCCCUCAGUUUGUUAGCGCUCACUACCAAGGCAUCAUCUCGGAAGACAGCCCUCCCUUCACCAGCGUGCUCCAGAUCUCCGCCACGGACCGGGAUGCCCAUGCCAACGGACGAGUGCAGUACACCUUCCAGAAUGGGGAUGAUGGGGAUGGAGAUUUCACAAUAGAACCCACGUCUGGGAUUAUCCGCACUGUCCGCAGGCUGGACCGGGAGAGCAUCCCAGUCUACGAACUCACUGCCUAUGCCGUGGAUAGAGGCAUCCCUCCCCAGAGGACACCUGUCCAUAUUCAAGUCACCGUGCAAGAUGUGAAUGACAAUGCUCCUGUCUUCCCAGCUGAAGAGUUUGAGGUUUUAGUGAAGGAAAAUAGCAUUGUGGGCUCUGUGGUGGCUCAGAUUACAGCUGUUGAUCCAGAUGAAGGGCCCAAUGCACAGAUCAUGUAUCAGAUUGUGGAAGGCAACAUCCCUGAAAUUUUCCAGAUGGACAUAUUUUCAGGUGAGCUCACAGCCCUGAUUGACCUGGACUAUGAGAGCAAGGCAGAGUAUGUGAUUGUAGUCCAGGCCACCUCUGCCCCCCUAGUCAGCAGAGCCACAGUCCACAUCAAGCUCAUUGACCAGAAUGAUAACAGCCCCAUCCUUAAAAACUUCCAGAUUCUCUUUAACAACUACGUCUCCAACAAAUCCAAUACCUUCCCUUCUGGGGUUAUAGGGAAGAUCCCUGCGUAUGACCCAGAUGCAUCUGACAGACUGUUCUACACCUUCGAACGAGGGAAUGAGCUGCACUUGUUGAUUGUCAACCAGACUAGUGGGGAACUCCGGCUGAGUCGCAAGCUGGACAACAAUCGUCCUUUGGUGGCCUCCAUGCUGGUGACCGUCACAGGUAAAGGCAGUUUCAGUGCUUUUGGUGACUGUGGAAACGUUGCAUUUCCUUGACUUAUGACAACUGGGCCAGCCUUUUAGCAAUGUUAAACGGCGCCAGACUCUCAGUACUGGACCAUUAUGCCAGGGGUGGAGGAUAAGGGGGAUGGGGAGAGACUUUGAUGGCAAUUAUGCUGGUGGAUCUUUUAUUUAUUUUCCCCCUGCUUCCUUUAGGGCGUAAUAGCUCAGUGGGCUACCAAAAAGGCAAGAUUUGA